UGAACACAUUAUUGCUUCCUGUUCCAGUCUAUAUAUACAUUCACUUCUUCCUUCUUCAAAUAGCAGAGCAGAGCAGAGCACAUUCACACUCUUCCCCAUGCCUCUCCUCUACAUAUUAUUGCUUGGGUUUCUCCUCUCGCACACUCCUUGCUGUUGCUCUUCUGCACCUGCAAGCGAUACCCUCACUGAAGGUCAAGUGCUUGCCGUUGGCGACAAGCUCGUCUCGAUGAACGGCAAGUACGCACUUGGCUUCUUCCAGCCAGCAGCGAGCACCAUCAGUAAGUCCCAGAACACCACCAGCUCCAGAUCCAGCUCCAGCUGGUACCUUGGCAUAUGGUUCAAUAAGAUCCCGGUUUUUACUGUUGUGUGGGUUGCUAAUCGGGAGGAGCCCAUCCCCCAUCCCAACAUCAACUCAACAAAGCUCAAGUUCUCAAGUGACGGCAAUCUUGUCAUUGUCAUAAACCAUGGUGAUGCCGUCACUGAAUCCCUUGUUUGGUCCACUUGCAUUGUCAAUAGGACACAAACCAGUAGCAUAAACACCACCACCUCUGGUGCCGCUGUUCUCUUGAACAGCGGAAACCUUGCCCUACUCACAAAUAGCAAAGUGAUGUUGUGGCAGAGCUUCGACUACCCAACAGAUAUCGCGCUUUCUGGCGCCAAGCUUGGCUGGAACAAGGUCACCGGUUUCAGUCGCAAGUUCAUGUCAAAGAAGAGCCUCAUUGAUAUGGGUCUCGGCUCAUACAGCCUAGAACUAGACACCAGCGGCGUCGCCGUCCUCAAGCGCCGCAACAAUCCCUCUGUAGUCUAUUGGCAUUGGGCAUCCUCCAAAACAUCAUCACUGAGUGUUAUACCAACACUCAAGACAAUAAUAGAUUUGGAUCCACGCACCAAAGGCUUGAUGAACCCGAUAUAUGUUGACAAUGACCAAGAGGAGUAUUACAUGUACACUUCGCCGGAUGAAUCAUCAUCUUCCCUGUUUGUCUCACUAGACAUCUCUGGUCAGGUCAAGCUGAAUGUUUGGUCGGAAGCCAACCUUGCUUGGCAAACCAUAUGUGCUGAGCCUGCCGAUGCUUGCACUCCAGCUGCUACCUGCGGACCUUUCACAGUCUGCAAUGGCAAUGCACAGCCAUCCUGUGACUGUAUGGAGAGCUUCUCUCAGAAGUCACCGCAGGAUUGGGAGUUUGAUGAUCGAACAGGAGGAUGCAUCAGAAACACGCCUUUACAUUGCAGCACCAGUGCUAACAACCAAAACAUGACAAGUUCAACAGACAUAUUCCACCCCAUUUCUCAAGUUACAUUACCCUACAACCCACAAAGCAUAGAUGUUGCUACCACUCAGAGCAAAUGUGAAGAAGCUUGUCUCAGUUCCUGCUCCUGCACUGCUUAUUCUUAUAACAAUAGCAGAUGCUCUGUCUGGCAUGGUGAAUUACUUAGUGUAAAUCUGAAUGAUGGCAUUGAUAAUAAUUCUAAAGAUGCCCUUUAUCUUCGCCUUGCUGCGUCUGCCAAGUUUGAAAAAAGGAAGAAAAAAGCAACAAACAUUAGAGUUGUAACUGCUGCAAGCAUUAUUGGUUUUGGAUUAUUGCUAAUGCUCGUGCUGCUGCUACUGAUUUGGAAGAACAAAUUCAAGCCAUUAUACAACAAUCAAGGUAGUGAUGGUGGGAUAAUAGCCUUUAGAUACACUGAUUUAGUGCGUGCUACUAAAAACUUCUCAGAAAAGCUGGGAGGAGGUGGUUUUGGCUCUGUGUACAAAGGAGUCUUAAAGGACUCAACUAAUAUAGCAGUGAAAAGACUUGAUGGUGCCCGUCAAGGAGAGAAGCAAUUCAGGGCUGAGGUGAGCUCAGUUGGACUGAUCCAACAUAUCAACAUUGUAAAAUUGAUCGGUUUCUGCUGCGAAGGUGAUCACAGGUUACUUGUGUAUGAACACAUGGUAAAUGGGUCUCUUGAUGGUAUCCUAUUUGAGAAGGGCAAUGCUGCUUCUGUCCUAGAUUGGAACACCAGAUAUCAAAUAGCCCUAGGAGUUGCCAAAGGAUUGUCCUACUUGCAUGAGAGUUGUCACAAAUGCAUCAUACAUUGUGACAUUAAGCCAGGAAACAUACUCGUGGAUGCAUCAUUUGUUCCUAAAAUCGCAGACUUUGGGUUGGCUGCGUUUGUGGGGAGGGAUUUUAGCCGAGUUAUGACUACAUUCAGAGGAACUGCUGGUUAUCUUGCCCCAGAGUGGCUUAGCGGAGUUGCAAUCACACCGAAAGUUGACGUUUACGGCUUCGGCAUGGUACUUCUAGAAAUCAUAUCAGGAAGGAGGAAUUCCUCACUAGAAACACCAUACAACACUAGAAGCAGCACCACCAGGUACCAGAAUGUUGAAUAUUUCCCUGUGCAAGCCAUCAGCAAGCUUCAUGACGGAGAUGUGAAGAGUUUGGUGGAUCCACAGUUGCAUGGUGACUUCAAUUUGGAAGAGUCUGAAAGGAUUUGCAAAGUUGCAUGCUGGUGCAUCCAAGAUAAUGAGUUUGAUCGGCCGACUAUGGGUGAAGUGGUCCGGGUUCUUGACGGUCUACAGGAGAUUAAUAUGCCCCCUAUGCCAAGACUGCUUGCGUCUCUAACGGAACAGCUUGGUGCCGCAACUCCAGUGUAAUAUUAAUCAUUCAUAGAGAGUGUUUCACAUGCGAUCGAUGUUAUUAAUCUUUGUUUCAGCAAAUUCUUGGAAAUUGUAAUGUGCAGUGGAAGGAAUAAAGGAAGAAGGCAAGCUUUCAGUCGCUAAAUCCUCUGUUAUUAUGUUUUUAUAUGGUAAGGAAGCAUUGUAGAAAAAUACAGCAGAGCUUGAAAUAUGUGUAUGCUUUGUUGAUGGACUAGUUUGAUGCAUAUCCUUGAAUCCUUAAAUCGAAGUUAUACAUAUAUGCCACUACCCGUUUUCAUCAAGAGCAAGCAUAGCUUGGUCGUGCCUCCGUGGCUCCCUUGAUGAUGUGGCCCUUUUUGCACGGUGCUGGCACCCGGGACCCACAGACAAGGGUCCGAGGGCAGCGAAAACAAGAACGGCGUCUUGCUGCAAGAUCACCAACAUGUAGUCUGCUCGGAUUGAACCAAUGUGUCCUACCCGCUUGGCGAAAUGUGAGGCUUGCUCCAGUGCCGGCGUGGUUGCGAAGGAACAUGCUCAUACGAAUGAGAAAAGGAAUCCAGGUUUGAAGAUAGGACAUGAUGCAACCUAGAAGAAACCUCCGCCACUGGACGAUAAUUCGUCACAUAAAGUGCUCUAUCUCCUUGAGUCCAUGCUGCCAGAGCAAUGCAGAAGCAUCCUCCUACUGUAAUAACUUCAUAUGGGCUUUUAAGCAUCCCAAAUCUUACAAAUUUGGCCAACGGCUAUACGACGGUGUUUCUACCUCUGGUUCUACAAGCUGAGAAAUGGUUGGCUGGUGGUGGUGAGCUCUCUCUUCUCUUCUCUUCUCUUCCCACACGCUGUCCAAAAUUGUAUUUUCCCAACUAUUGCAGGUCCAACUCAUCUUGAAAAAAGAUUGUUUAUUCCUUGCUGUUCUAUUUGUUGCCAUAUUUCCUGUUCUGACAAUAGAGGAGCAGCCUGUUCUCUAGAUGCUCUGCUUUUAGAUAUAUCGAUGUAUGCUGUAUUUCCUUUAUCCUGAACUUGUCAAUGCUAUAAAAGAAGAUUUUGCCUGUUAGGUGCUUUCUUUCUGACCUUCUGUAGAUUAACCUUUCGCACUUACAAGUUCACCGAGGGGAAGAUUUGACUCUUCACAGUAGGCAUGUGAUCUAAUGAGAGGGCUUGAUGAAUCUUAUGUCUGGGUUGGAGCAUGGUCCAAGAGCCUAGGAUGGUGCCAUUGCUUGUGUAUGUAUAAGUUAAAUAUCAGUCCUGAAGAGUUGGGCCUGGCACUCUGAUAUUGCCACCACUACCACCAUUCCUUUUUCUUUUCUUGACUGAAAUACCACAGGGGAAGCCCCUGGAGUGUGAUUUUUUAUAGAUAAAAAACGGUGUACAUGAUUUACAUGUCCUUGGGUAAAAAAUAAAAUAAAUGAAAAGAAGGUUUAAACAAGGGACUCAAACAAAAAGAGGAAGCAACCAGUCUAACAGGGGUUGAACUAGAGAAGGCGACUUGAAAUCGAUGAAGCUGUAGAUCACCCUGAAACUUCUGUAGCUCAUAUGUGUUUUAAGUUUGCCAACUGCAGCUCACAGCAUUUGUUUUAUUUCUGUGGUCAUACUUUUGUUUGUCUUUCUAAGGAGCUUCUGUAUAUACGUGGAAUUUGUAUUUGUAGAAUAUAACCCUCAUACAAGUGAGGUGUUUUUUCUUUCUGGUUUAGGCUAAUACCAUGGUCGUUCAGGCGAUUGCGUUGUUGGCUGACCAGUGAACACUGACGGACAAGCAGCAUGCCAUGAGGGUUCUUGACAUAUAUACUUCCAGUUGUAGCAAUGGACUGGAUGAGAUAUAGAAGGAAGCUCCCUUGCUGUUACUUAUGUAGGAUUUGCCGACAUUGCCAAAUUACAUCUAGCAUUAUAUUGAUGAUUUUUCUCCCUCAAAAACAGAGCGGCACUGCUCUGUGUGUUGCCAUUUCCCCUAUUCUGCCAGCCCGCCAUG